AUGGAAGCUGAAUCACUAUGGACACUAGAAGCUGAUGCAACGAUACUUUCCGUUCCGCCAAGCGAGGGAGAAUAUGUAGCUGCUGCAGCUGGUAGAGUGUUUAGGCUAUUUGAGACAAGCAUGUUAGAUGCAGAACCAUACAGGUCUGAAGCAACAGUCCUUGUUCCACUAUCUGAUCCCGAGCUAACACCAUCGGACCCUGAACCCACACUUCCUUCUACAGUACCUGGCGUAAAAACAAAAGCUGUUAACGUGUUGUCAAAAACAGACAAUGUUUGCUCAGGGGAGAUAUACGAGUCAGGAAGGGAGGUUAACGCUGUUGGAUAUAUAUUUCCAUCACCACUCUCUCUAAUGAGACCGUCACUUGCUCUGGACGAGACGACGCUAGCAGCAUCAAACAAGCCGGUUGUUGACAUUAGUGUGCUGGCUGACAUACUUCCUUCACUACCUGAACUACUAGCAGCUGACACAGAGCCAUGGGUUCCACCUAACCCAGCAUUGGCAGGGCUUAGAGUAUUUGAAGGUGUCAAGGUGGCUGUUCCACCCGACACACCUGUUCCACUACCACCAGCGCUAGAACCACCUAAUCCACCUAAAGUAGAACUUGCAUCAGCGCCUAGAGUAUUUGAAGGUGCCAAAGUGGCUGUUCCACCCGACACACCUGUUCCACUACCACCAGCGCUAGAACCACCCGGUCCACCUAAAGUAGAACUUGCAUCACUGCCUAGAGUAUUUGAAGGUGUCAAGGUGGCUGUUCCACCCGACACACCUGUUCCACUACCACCAGCGCUAGAACCACCCGGUCCACCUAAAGUAGAUCUUGCAUCACCGCCUAGAGUAUUUGAAGGUGCCAAGGUGGCUGUUCCACCCGACACACCUGUUCCACUACCACCAGCGCUAGAACCACCUAAUCCACCUAAAGUAGAACUUGCAUCACCGCCUAAAGUAUUUGAAGGUGCCAAAGUGGCUGUUCCACCCGACACACCUGUUCCACUACCACCAGCGCUAGAACCACCUAAUCCACCUAAAGUGGAACUUGCAUCAGCGCCUAGAGUAUUUGAAGGUGUCAAAGUGGCUGUUCCACCCGACACACCUGUUCCACUACCACCAGCGCUAGAACCACCUAAUCCACCUAAAGUAGAACUUGCAUCACCGCCUAGAGUAUUUGAAGGUGUCAAGGUGGCUGUUCCACCCGACACACCUGUUCCACUACCACCAGCGCUAGAACCACCUAAUCCACCGAAAGUAGAACUUGCAUCACCGCCUAGAGUAUUUGAAGGUGCCAAGGUGGCUGUUCCACUCGACACACCUGUUCCACUACCACCAGCGCUAGAACCACCUAAUCCACCUAAAGUAGAACUUGCAUCACCGCCUAGAGUAUUUGAAGGUGCCAAAGUGGCUGUUCCACCCGACACACCUGUUCCACCACCACCAGCGCUAGAACCACCUAAUCCACCUAAAGUAGAACUUGCAUCACCGCCUAGAGUAUUUGAAGGUGCCAAAGUGGCUGUUCCACUCGACACACCUGUACCACUACCACCAGCGCUAGAACCACCUAAUCCACCUAAAGUAGAACUUGCAUCAGCGCCUAGAGUAUUUGAAGGUGCCAAAGUGGCUGUUCCACUCGACACACCUGUUCCACUACCACCAGCGCUAGAACCACCUAAUCCACCUAAAGUAGAACUUGCAUCACCGCCUAGAGUAUUUGAAGGUGCCAAAGUGGCUGUUCCACUCGACACACCUGUUCCACUACCACCAGCGCUAGAACCACCUAAUCCACCUAAAGUAGAACUUGCAUCACCGCCUAGAGUAUUUGAAGGUGCCAAAGUGGCUGUUCCACCCGACACACCUGUUCCACUACCACCAGCGCUAGAACCACCCGAUCCACCAAAAGUAGAACUUGCAUCACCGCCAAAAGUAUUUGAAGGUGCCAAAGUGGCUGUUCCACCCGACACACCUGUUCCACUACCACCAGCGCUAGAACCACCUAAUCCACCUAAAGUAGAUCUUGCAUCACCGCCUAGAGUAUUUGAAGGUGUUAAGGUGGCUGUUCCACCCGACACACCUGUUCCACUACCACCAGCGCUAGAACCACCCGGUCCACCUAAAGUAGAACUUGCAUCACCGCCUAGAGUAUUUGAAGGUGCCAAGGUGGCUGUUCCACCCGACACACCUGUUCCACUACCACCAGCGCUAGAACCCCCCGGUCCACCUAAAGUAGAACUUGCAUCACCGCCUAAAGUAUUUGAAGGUGCCAAAGUGGCUGUUCCACCCGACACACCUGUUCCACUACCACCAGCGCUAGAACCACCUAAUCCACCGAAAGUAGAACUUGCAUCACCGCCUAGAGUAUUUGAAGGUGUCAAGGUGGCUGUUCCACCCGACACACCUGUUCCACUACCACCAGCGCUAGAACCACCUAAUCCACCGAAAGUAGAACUUGCAUCACCGCCUAGAGUAUUUGAAGGUGUCAAGGUGGCUGUUCCACCCGACACACCUGUUCCACUACCACCAGCGCUAGAACCACCUAAUCCACCGAAAGUAGAACUUGCAUCAGCGCCUAGAGUAUUUGAAGGUGCCAAGGUGGCUGUUCCACCCGACACACCUGUUCCACUACCACCAGCGCUAGAACCACCCGGUCCACCUAAAGUAGAACUUGCAUCAGCGCCUAGAGUAUUUGAAGGUGUCAAGGUGGCUGUUCCACCCGACACACCUGUUCCACUACCACCAGCGCUAGAACCACCUAAUCCACCUAAAGUAGAACUUGCAUCACCGCCUAGAGUAUUUGAAGGUGUCAAGGUGGCUGUUCCACCCGACACACCUGUUCCACUACCACCAGCGCUAGAACCACCUAAUCCACCGAAAGUAGAACUUGCAUCAGCGCCUAGAGUAUUUGAAGGUGCCAAGGUGGCUGUUCCACCCGACACACCUGUUCCACUACCACCAGCGCUAGAACCACCCGAUCCACCUAAAGUAGAACUUGCAUCACCGCCUAGAGUAUUUGAAGGUGCCAAGGUGGCUGUUCCACUCGACACACCUGUUCCACUACCACCAGCGCUAGAACCACCUAAUCCACCUAAAGUAGAACUUGCAUCACCGCCUAGAGUAUUUGAAGGUGCCAAAGUGGCUGUUCCACUCGACACACCUGUUCCACUACCACCAGCGCUAGAACCACCUAAUCCACCUAAAGUAGAACUUGCAUCAGCGCCUAGAGUAUUUGAAGGUGCCAAAGUGGCUGUUCCACCCGACACACCUGUUCCACUACCACCAGCGCUAGAACCACCCGGUCCACCUAAAGUAGAACUUGCAUCAGCGCCUAGAGUAUUUGAAGGUGCCAAAGUGGCUGUUCCACCCGACACACCUGUUCCACUACCAACAGCGCUAGAACCACUUGAUCCACCUAAAGUAGAACUUGCAUCACCGCCUAGAGUAUUUGAAGGUGUCAAGGUGGCUGAUCCACCCGACACACCUGUUCCACUACCACCAGCGCUAGAACCACCCGAUCCACCUAAAGUAGAACUUGCAUCACCGCCUAGAGUAUUUGAAGGUGCCAAAGUGGCUGUUCCACCCGACACACCGGUUCCACUACCACCAGCGCUAGAACCACCCGAUCCACCUAAAGUAGAACUUGCAUCAGCGCCUAGAGUAUUUGAAGGUGCCAAAGUGGCUGUUCCACCCGACACACCUGUUCCACUACCACCAGCGCUAGAACCACCCGGUCCACCAAAAGUAGAACUUGCAUCACCGCCUAGAGUAUUUAAAGGUGUCAAGGUGGCUGUUCCACCCGACACACCUGUUCCACUACCACCAGCGCUAGAACCACUUGAUCCAACUAAAGUAGAACUUGCAUCAGCGCCUAGAGUAUUUGAAGGUGUCAAGGUGGCUGUUCCACCCGACACACCUGUUCCACUACCACCAGCGCUAGAACCACCCGGUCCACCAAAAGUAGAACUUGCAUCACCGCCUAGAGUAUUUAAAGGUGUCAAGGUGGCUGUUCCACCCGACACACCUGUUCCACUACCUCCAGCGCUAGAACCACUCGAUCCAACUAAAGUAGAACUUGCAUCAGCGCCUAGAGUAUUUGAAGGUGCCAAGGUGGCUGUUCCACCCGACACACCUGUUCCACUACCACCAGCGCUAGAACCACCUAAUCCACCUAAAGUAGAACUUGCAUCACCGCCUAGAGUAUUUGAAGGUGUCAAGGUGGCUGUUCCACCCGACACACCUGUUCCACUACCACCAGCGCUAGAACCACCUAAUCCACCUAAAGUAGAACUUGCAUCACCGCCUAGAGUAUUUGAAGGUGUUAAGGUGGCUGUUCCACCCGACACACCUGUUCCACUACCACCAGUGCUAGAACCACCUAAUCCACCUAAAGUAGAACUUGCAUCAGCGCCUAGAGUAUUUGAAGGUGCCAAGGUGUCUGUUCCACCCGACACACCUGUUCCACUACCACCAGCGCUAGAACCACCCGGUCCACCUAAAGUAGAACUUGCAUCACCGCCUAGAGUAUUUGAAGGUGCCAAAGUGGCUGUUCCACCCGACACACCUGUUCCACUACCACCAGCGCUAGAACCACCCGGUCCACCUAAAGUAGAACUUGCAUCACCGCCUAGAGUAUUUGAAGGUGCCAAGGUGGCUGUUCCACCCGACACACCUGUUCCACUACCACCAGCGCUAGAACCACCUAAUCCACCUAAAGUAGAACUUGCAUCAGCGCCUAGAGUAUUUGAAGGUGUCAAGGUGGCUGAUCCACCCGACACACCUGUUCCACUACCAACAGCGCUAGAACCACUUGAUCCACCUAAAGUAGAACUUGCAUCAGCGCCUAGAGUAUUUGAAGGUGUCAAGGUGGCUGAUCCACCCGACACACCUGUUCCACUACCACCAGCGCUAGAACCACCCGAUCCACCUAAAGUAGAACUUGCCUCACCGCCUAGAGUAUUUGAAGGUGCCAAGGUGGCUGUUCCACCCGACACACCUGUUCCACUACCACCAGCGCUAGAACCACCCGGUCCAGCUAAAGUAGAACUUGCAUCAGCGCCUAGAGUAUUUGAAGGUGCCAAAGUGGCUGUUCCACCCGACACACCUGUUCCACUACCACCAGCGCUAGAACCACUUGAUCCACCUAAAGUAGAACUUGCAUCAGCGCCUAGAGUAUUUGAAGGUGUCAAGGUGGCUGAUCCGCCCGACACACCUGUUCCACUACCACCAGCGCUAGAACCACCCGAUCCACCUAAAGUAGAACUUGCAUCACCGCCUAGAGUAUUUGAAGGUGCCAAGGUGGCUGUUCCACCCGACACACCUGUUCCACUACCACCAGCGCUAGAACCACCCGGUCCAGCUAAAGUAGAACUUGCAUCAGCGCCUAGAGUAUUUGAAGGUGCCAAAGUGGCUGUUCCACCCGACACACCUGUUCCACUACCACCAGCGCUAGAACCACUUGAUCCACCUAAAGUAGAACUUGCAUCAGCGCCUAGAGUAUUUGAAGGUGUCAAGGUGGCUGAUCCGCCCGACACACCUGUUCCACUACCACCAGCGCUAGAACCACCCGAUCCACCUAAAGUAGAACUUGCAUCACCGCCUAGAGUAUUUGAAGGUGCCAAGGUGGCUGUUCCACCCGACACACCUGUUCCACUACCACCAGCGCUAGAACCACCCGAUCCACCUAAAGUAGAACUUGCAUCAGCGCCUAGAGUAUUUGAAGGUGUCAAGGUGGCUGUUCCACCCGACACACCUGUUCCACUACCACCAGCGCUAGAACCACCCGAUCCACCUAAAGUAGAACUUGCAUCAGCGCCUAGAGUAUUUGAAGGUGUCAAGGUGGCUGUUCCACCCGACACACCUGUUCCACUACCACCAGCGCUAGAACCCCCUAACCCACCAACACUUGCGCUAGAACCACUUGAUCCACCUAAAACAGUACUUGCAUCACCCCCAAAGCCUGGAGUAUUUGAGGGAACCACGGUGGCUGUUCCGCCUCGUCCACUUUCACCAGCACUAGACCCAGGCCCAAUACUGACGUCAGAGCUUGGAGGUAGAGAGGAGGUAAGUGGGAGGUUAGAAAGAGUCACGGGUUGA